AUGGAAGACUACACUGAUUACUCUUUACAAGAUGACUACUACGCCGACCUAGAGAACUUCACUGACAAUGGGUCAUUUCCUUUCUUUUUUGGCUGUCCCAGCUCUCCCCUUCAGGGCUCUAACAUCUUCCUCCCUGUUCUUUAUUACCUCAUAUUUUUCACUGGCUUUUUUGGCAACCUCCUCGUCAUCGCUGUCGUGGGUAGCAAAGGCGAGAAUAGAAGAAGACUUGUGGACACAUUUGUUGUCAAUCUGGCUCUGGCUGACCUGGUCUUCGUCCUCACUCUACCCCUGUGGGCUGUCUCUUCCAGCCAGAAUGGGUACUGGAACUUUGGGGCCAUCGGGAACCUGCUAUGCAAGCUGAGCAGCUACAUUAUUGCUGUGAAUCGCUUCUCCAAUAUCUUCUUCCUCACAUGCAUGAGUUUUGACCGCUACCUGGCUGUAGUGAGGCUGAUGGAUUCAAGGUACCUGAGGAGCAACAGGUGCAUUCGGGCCACCUGUGCUGCUGUCUGGAUUGGCUCCCUGCUGCUUGGUGUCCCGUCAUGGGUGUACAGGAGUGUUCAGCAGUUCAGUGAAGGUCAAUCCUGUGUGGAAGACAACAGCUCCUAUUUUUUCCUCAGUCUAAACCUGGCAACGUCAUUACUGACUUUUGUCUUCCCAGUAUUCAUCAUUGUGAUCUGCUACGGCACCAUCAUCAUGCGUCUCAACAAACACUGCGCUGCUGCUGCCAAUCCUCGGGCCGCAGCCCGCCGCAGACACUCUGUGAAAAUGGUCCUCUCUAUCAUCAUAGCUUUUGUGGUAUCCUGGCUCCCUUUCAACGUCUUCAAAAUCAUCAUUGUUGUGUCCCAGUUCUCUGAUGUUGAUCUGAAUUGUGAUGCUCAAGCAUGGCAAAGAAACGGGCUCCUCAUCUCUUGCUGCCUGGCGUUCUUCAACAGCUGUGUCAAUCCAGCCAUCUACUUUUUUCUGGACCAUCACUUCAGACAGCGGGCCCAGGUCCUGUACAAGACUUGGAGAAGUAAGACAAAGUCAAUGCAGAGCUACAACUCCUCUGCGUCAUUUACUAAUGUGGGCACCACAGAGAGUUUUGGAGCAACUAGAGGGAGAUCUCAAAUUCAGACAUCUGAGUGA